AUGAAGCUGCUGAUGUCCAACUUCGAUGUGUCCCUUGUCAACGACAAUAUGCAGGAAUUCUACGUCACUCUUCACGGUCCUCCCGAAACCCCCUUUGAAAAUGGAAUAUGGCGUGUCCAUGUAGAGCUCCCAGACCAAUACCCUUUCAAGUCUCCUUCCAUCGGGUUCAUGAACAAAAUUUUCCACCCCAACAUCGAUGAGGAAUCUGGCUCCGUUUGCUUGGAUGUAAUCAAUCAAACUUGGUCGCCCAUGUACGACUGUAUCAACAUAUUCGAGACCUUCUUGCCACAACUACUACGUUACCCUAAUCCUACAGACCCCUUGAAUGGGGAGGCUGCCUCGUUGUUGCUGCGAAAUCCAGGUGAAUACGAGCGUAAAGUGCGUCAAUUCGUGGCUGCCCAUGCAAGGAAGACCGAGCCUGGUUCGUCGAAAGCUUCGCAAGUAGACGAGGACGAAGAACUACCUGAUAUCAGCGAUGUGGGAAGCAUUAGUAGUUUGGAUGAUGCAUCCGACUAA